GAAAACGAGGCCAGUCCUUUUUGACUUGGCCGCCAUCUUGAACACACGAGUGUAUCUGGUGUAGAUUCGACAAGGGGAAGCUACGAUAAAACAGCUAACAUAAUGGUGGAAGAAGACAACAAGCUAGGAUGGGGAGAUCUCAUGGAAGAUGAGGAAACUGAUGAAAUGCCCCCACUAAACGAAUUUAUUGAAGAUGAUAUCAAGACAAUAAUUGAAUAUAAGAGAAAUGAUGAGGGUAAGAAGGUCAAGAUUACAAGAGUUUACAAGCUAGAAAAUCGAAAGGUUCCGAAAUCUAUUGCCAAAAGAAAGAUGCUGAAAAAGUUUGGUGAAGCAUCCAGAGACAACCCUCAUGGUCCAGAUCCAUCAACAACUUAUGUUGCUGAAGAUGUCUUUUUGAAGUUUGUUUUCAAUAAAGAGGAAGCUAGCAAUCAAGAUGAUGAUCCACUCAAGAAGUUGCAAGGUCAAAAGAUUGUCAAGUGUCGUGUUUGUAAAGGCGACCAUUGGACCACAAAAUGUCCAUACAAGGACAGCCUUUCCUCUUUGCAGCAGAAGGAAGAAAGUGACAAAGCUGCAACACAGAAGGAUCCAGCAAGACAGGCUCCUGUCGCUUCAGCCCCAGGGGGUCAGCCUUCAAAGUAUGUUCCUCCUAGCCUCAGGGGAGGAGAUGGUGCUCCUAAAAGAGGGGAGACGAUGCAGGGUAGAAGAACUGACGAGGCUGCAACAGUUAGGGUGACAAAUCUUUCAGAGGACACUCUAGAAUCUGACUUACAGGAGUUGUUUAGGCCCUUUGGCCAGAUCUCGAGAAUUUAUCUUGCCAAAGAUAAAAUAACAAAUCAAUCAAAAGGAUUCGCGUUCAUCAGUUACCUCCGUCGCGAUGAUGCAGCCAGGGCUAUCAAAGCUCUACAAGGAUAUGGCUACGAUCAUCUUAUUCUCAAUGUCGAAUGGGCAAAGCCAUCGACCAACAACUGAAUCUGCAUGCUGAUUAAAUUGAUGUGGGAAAUGUUCGAACAGCAUCCAUCCGGCUACCAGAAGAUGCGGCAAAUAUUGACCUGUAAUUACAUGUUCUACAUGCAAAUUCAAUCUAUUUAUCCAUCUUAAA